AUGCGGAAGUGCGUGUAUUGUAAUAUAAAAAAUGUAAAAGGUGGAGAGUUAUCUUUUGUUAGAUUUCCAACAGACGAGAAGAUACUUCAACUCUGGAUCCAAAAUAUGAACUAUGAAUCAAAUUGGAAGCCGUUGAAAAAUCAUUACUUAUGUUCCCAGCACUUUUCAAGCGAGUGUUUUGAUUUUCGAGAUAAACUCUACCGAUUACGAAAAGGCAGUAUUCCAACAAAUUUUGAUCGAAGUAAAGAAAAUGUUGUUUUAGUUAGCAAUUACCGUCAAAUAUUAGACGACGAAAAACAUGUCUGUGAUCCUCUAACUAAAAGACUGAAUGUUACAAGCAGCAUUUUAAAUAGCGAAGAAUCUUAUAAUUGCAUAGCGGAAACCAUGUCAAAAGUCAAUACAGAGACAGUACCUAUGCGCGUAAUCGACCAUGAUCAUUCAUAUGGAGAAACUCAAGAAAAAUUGAAAAAAGAUCUGAUGUUAGCAAUGGCCAAAAUUGACCAGCUCACUGCUAAGAAUCGUACUUUGCUUAAAAAGGAUAAGCGCAAUAAACAAAGAAUAGCUUCGAUGAUUCAAGUUAUAAAUCAGUUAUCAAAGAAGAAUGUUUCUUGUUCUUGA